UAAAUAAAAUAUUAAUGAGUGCUAUAGAGGGUUCUUGUUGAAUUCGUUCUUUAGCAUCUGCUCGAAGUCUCUUCUCGCUUCAGCUACUCUCGUUCUCGUCCACACAAAUCUAAGCAGUUAUGGCUCGAAAGUUCUUCGUCGGAGGCAACUGGAAAUGCAAUGGGACGACUGAGGAGGUUAAGAAGAUUGUCACCAUGUUGAAUAAAGCUGAAGUCCCUUCUGAUGAUGUUGUAGAGGUUGUUGUAAGCCCUCCUUUCAUAUUUCUUUCAUUUGUAAAGAGCUUAAUGCGGUCUGACUUCGAAGUAGCUGCACAGAACUGUUGGGUUCGAAAAGGCGGUGCAUUUACUGGUGAAAUCAGUGCCGAGAUGCUUGUUAAUUUGGGCAUUCCUUGGGUUAUUCUUGGUCACUCCGAAAGAAGAUCUCUUUUAAAAGAAUCCGACGAGUUUGUCGGGGAUAAAGUCUCAUAUGCUCUCUCUCAAGGCCUGAAGGUGAUUGCUUGUGUUGGGGAGACUCUGGAACAGCGUGAGUCAGGCUCCACAAUGGCUGUUGUUGCUGCACAAACAAAAGCAAUUUCUGAUAAAGUAUCAAAUUGGACUAAUGUUGUUUUGGCAUAUGAGCCAGUUUGGGCCAUUGGUACGGGGAAGGUUGCAACCCCGGCUCAAGCCCAGGAAGUCCAUUCAGAUUUGAGGAAGUGGCUUAAAGACAAUGUCAGUGCUGAAGUUGCUGAAUCAACAAGAAUUAUAUAUGGAGGUUCGGUAAAUGGAGCAAACUGUAAGGAACUGGCAGCACAGCCAGAUGUUGAUGGCUUUUUGGUUGGCGGUGCUUCCUUGAAGCCCGAGUUCAUCGACAUUAUCAAGUCUGCUACAGUGAAGCAGUAAGGACUGGAGGCAGGUAUAGAUCUGUUAUAUCUGAUCUAUUCAUAUCACACAUAAUCUGUAACUUUUGACUUUGUUGUUAGCCAGCAGCCUCUGCAGCAUAAUAAGUAUUUAACUUGAUGUGACCUGAGAGGAGAGUGAUUAUCAUAAAACUGGUUUUGAGUAACGUUUUCGGAAACAAAUCAUGAUUUGCACAAGUUGAAAAUUAACUCUUUCCGUAGAAUUUUGUGCAUUAUUUCCUUCUCUGGAGCCUCUCAGUGUAUAUUUUCACACAACAGAAUAAAAAAUGAUUUUGAUAUGA